AUGAAGUUCUCCUGCCCUCUGAUCUGUGGGCUCAUUUUGUCCUGCAUUUGCUUCAGAGGUUCAUAUGAGGAGCUGUCUGUGAUUCAGAGCCCAUCGAGUAUCACUGUGAAUGAAGGAGAAUCUGAUCAAAUCAGCUGCUGCUGGAGUAAAACAAAAGAAGAAAACAGUGAUUUUAAAGUAGCUUGGUAUAAGGAUAAGAAAAGAAUACCAGUAGAAAAGCGGCUAUAUCAAACGUCCCCAAUGAAAAACUGCUCCUUUCUGAAAAUCACAAAUAUAGUUAAAAAUGACACCGGAGAUUAUGUUUGUAAAGUGAUUCAGGACAUACCAGUUCUGCUAGAAUAUGAGGGACAAAAAACUUACCUGUAUAUCAUUCAGAUUCAGACAACAACUGAAGAUAUUGUUCAUAUGGUUUCCAGCCCCACAACCAAAAAGCCAGGUGUAGUCGAUCAUCCGAAGAGAAAUCCAGAAGAUGAAAACUAUAAUUAUUUGGAUCCUAAGGGUAGUUCGCGGGAGGUUGUGAUCAUUUAUAUUUUCAGAAGUCUGCCCUUCAUCUGUCUGCUGGCGGCGUUCUUUUACCUAAACAGGAACAACAAACAAGUCACAUCAUCAAGACCAGCAGUUGAGCAUGCUGUAGAGUUGGGAGAAGGACCAGAUGAAGACCUGGAGGCUGGAGAGACACAGAGGAAUGAAACUGAAGAGGUGAAACAGGGUGAGAAUAUUUCAGAACAGGAGAAAGGGAGGGUCAACAACGAGAAUCCUGAAGUUACUGUUGCAACAGAAGAAGAAACAGAUGAAGAAAAACCGACGGCUGUAGUUGUGAGCAUUGAACAAGGUGCAUCUCCAAUGCAUGGCAACGAAAACAAGACCAUUUCUGUUCUGAACACUGAUGAAAAGACACUUCAAAGUGUUGAAGAAGGGACUGUUUCUGUGCUGGGCGACUUAGUUUCAGCUCUUGUGUCCGAGGUGAAUCGAGUACGCUCAGAAAUGAAGUGUUCCUCCAGACUCCUGUGUGGACUCCUCAUGUCAUGCCUUUGUUUCAGAGGUUCAUAUGAGGAGCUGUCUGUGAUUCAGAGCCCAUUGAGCAUCAUUGUGAAUGAAGGAGAAUCUGAUCAAAUCAGCUGCUGCUGGAGUAAAACAAAAGAAGAAAACAGUGAUUUUAAAGUAGCUUGGUAUAAGGAUAAGAAAAGAAUACCGGUAGAAAAGCGGCUAUAUCAAACGUCCCCAAUGAAAAACUGCUCCUUUCUGAAAAUCACAAAUAUAGUUAAAAAUGACACUGGAGAUUAUGUUUGUAAAGUGAUUCAGGACAUACCAGUUCUGCUAGAAUAUGAGGGACAAAAAACUUACCUGAAUGUCUGUAAAGGUGAACACAGUACUGAGGCAACAACUCAAAGCAGUGCUAGUACAUCUGCCCAAAAAACUCAAAUCAAUGGGACUACCGGCCCCCCUUCACCUCCCAUCCUGCCUCUAUCUCUGGCUGCUGCCAUCGGCCUGCUGACCCUCUGCUUGGCCUUCAGCGUGUGCAAGAUGAGGAACUCCUGUAAAAAAUCAGAGCGAGUAGUCAUUCACCAGACGCCACACAGUGAGGGUGAGGAGCAUGAGAACAUGGAAGAGGAGGAAGGUAGCACAGGCUCCUCUCGAGGAUCCCUCCAGUGGUACCAAGUGCCUGUUUACUGGUCUUACUUUGAUCUAAGGAGGGGUGAAGACCAAUGACAACCAGAAAAGAAAGAUGAACGUGAUGUACUGUUCACUGCAUUGCAUUUUGCAUUCUCUCUCUUCUUUCAUGAGAACAUCUUUGUAAAUAGCAGAAGUGAUUUUAAUCUUCAGAUACAGUUGAAGCCCUUUGAGCUCUCGAUGGUGGCAACAGAUAUUAAUCCCUCUCUUUGUAGCAGCUCUGUUGAUAGUUUUAUUCUUAUUUUAAUUUUGUUGUUUAUAUGAGUCUUUUUUAAAUUAAAGUGAAGAUGUGUCAUACUGACAUGCAUGAUAAACUAAUUCAAACAUGUAUAAAAGUAGCACACACUGCCUGCCCUGGCGUUUUCUUUGUGUCUAACUGUGAAAAGUUUUAUAGUAAAGACUUUUAUGCUGUACAGAUGUCCGCUAUGCCUUUCAGCCUUCUUAGAAAUGUUUCUCAGACUUCAUUUUGACACUUUCAUACUGUGGUUUCUUUUGCCAUUUACAAUAAAAGUCUGUGAAA